AUGAUGCAAUUUAUGAUCUUGUUUAGCCGCCAGGGAAAAUUAAGGCUCCAAAAGUGGUAUAUUUCCUAUUCUGAAAAAGAAAAGAAAAAAAUUUUACGCGAUCUCACUACAAUUGUGCUUUCACGAAAGCCAAAAAUGUGUUCAUUUAUUGAAUGGAAGGACUUGAAAGUUGUUUAUCGUCGGCACGUUCAUUCUGGUUUUAUAAUUAACGUUUUUAGUUAUGCUAGUCUAUACUUCUGUGCUGCAGUUGAACCCCAGGACAAUGAGCUAUUGACUUUGGAAAUAAUCCACAGAUAUGUGGAACUUUUAGAUAAGUAUUUUGGUAGCGUUUGUGAACUCGACAUUAUAUUCCAUUUUGAAAAGGCAUACUACGUACUAGAUGAGUUUAUGUUGGGAGGAGAAGUUCAGGAGACUGGCAAAGAAAGCGCUUUAAACGACAUUGACAUGCAAGAUUUAAUUCAAGAGGAGGAGUGUAAAACCAAAGAAGAACAAGCUGAUAUAAGUGUGGUUGAUGUUUCUGGAUUUUAA